AUGGGGAGAACCGUUUUUCUUCUCAUCUCUGUGGUGCUUGUAGCUUAUUACAUUUAUAUACCUCUUCCAGAUGCUAUUGAAGAACCUUGGAAAGUAGUAUUGGAAAGUACCUUUCUAAAAAUAGUAAUGGAUUUGGCUUCUUUUGGUGAACGUUUGGGAAUAAAUCACUCCAUGGAAACAUUACAGUUACUUAUGAGAUUUCAAGACGCCCCACCCACAUCUGAUAAGAAUGUCACUGUGAUGGAGACAACUUUCGACAGUGUUCACGUUCGCAUAUACAUACCCAAAAGAAAGUCAGCUAUGCGCAGGCGGGGCUUGUUUUAUAUUCAUGGUGGUGGCUGGUGUUUGGGGAGUGCUGGCAGCUUCAUGUAUGACACUCUAUCAAGACGGACAGCCCAUAAACUUGAUGCUGUUGUUGUGUCAACUGACUAUGGCUUAGCCCCAAAAUACCAUUUUCCAAGACAGUUUGAAGAUGUGUAUCGUAGUUUACGAUGGUUCUUACAAGAAGACAUUCUUGAAAAAUAUGGUGUAGAUCCUAGAAGAGUCGGUGUGUCUGGGGACAGUGCCGGUGGAAACUUAGCCGCAGCUGUGACCCAACAGCUUCUACAGGAUCCAGAUGUCAAGAUCAAACUUAAGGUCCAAGCCUUAAUAUAUCCUGCCCUUCAGGCUCUUGAUACAAAUCUACCAUCACAACAAGAAGGUUCACAUUAUCCACUUUUAACCAGGUCAUUAAUGGUCAGGUUCUGGAGUGAAUACUUUACUACAGACCAAGACCUGAAGAAAGCCAUGCUUCUCAACCAACAUGUACCCACGGAAUUCAGCCAUUUGUUACAGUUUGUGAAUUGGAGUUCCUUACUUCCUGAGAGAUAUAAGAAAGGUCACUUUUAUAAAAAUCCCACCCCUGGAAAUUCUGAGCUGGUUCAGAAAUAUCCAGGGUUUGUAGAUGUAAAGGCAUGCCCUCUGUUGGCCAAUGACAAUAUAUUGCAUCAUUUACCUCUGACCUAUAUCAUCACUUGUCAGUAUGAUGUCCUAAGAGAUGAUGGACUCAUGUAUGUCCAGCGGCUUCGGAAUGUUGGAGCUCAUGUGACUCAUCACCAUUUUGAAGAUGGAUUCCAUGGAGCAUUUUCCCUUCCUGGUUUAAAAAUUACAAAUAGAAUGCAAAAUCAGUACUUCAGUUGGCUUAUCAAAAAUCUGUAG